AAAAGACACAUUCAGCUCCUUAAACUGACACGGUAGCAGACGUAGCUUUCAAUUUAGGUCAAAGCAGAGCAUGUCAAUGAGAAGAACUUGGAGAAACAGCAGGACACUUCUUCAAGAUCUGUAUGACAAGGCAAUUCCCGAAAGAGACGCAUAUACUCAUAUCCUAUCACAAUCAAGAGAUAGCAAAAUGAUUCACCCCAUUGCCAGUCUAGUCAGGGCAAAGAACAAAAUGCUCCUUUUUGAGAAUCCUGAUACAGUGGAAAUCUACAAGCUAAAUGAUCCCAGAAAAUCUGAAGGAGGUGACCUAUAUCUUCCAGCCAUUCCCAAAAAAGCCUCAAGCCUUAACUCCCUCAACAGGGCCCUGAGUCAGUCCUGCCCUUAUCUAUAUGAAAAAAGAAGAGGAUCCUUCUCAUCAGUUACUUCACAGAGAACAAGAGUUCAUACAGAAAAACAGCAGAGUAGCCUAAAAGCACAAAAAGAGGCUAAGAAAGCCAAUGUGACAGUGACCAUGACGUACCUGGGGCAAGGUCAGCGGCGAGCACACUCAAGGUCUAUUCGGGAUGAACUGAAAAUUCUUCAGCAAAUCAAUGGAGGAGAAAAUCUCUGUGUUUUUAAGGGCCUCGUUUCAGCAGGAGAGCAGUUUCAGUUUGUAUCUCAGAGGCACAGAGGUUUCCCCUUCAGUGCUUCGUUAUACGUCAAUGGCAUCAUGGCAGCUCGAAUCAGCUCCUGCUGCGAGUACCGCUACGCUCCUGGCUUUCAGCAGGGUAGGAAAAGCUGCUUCAGACUGAGCUGGCUGGCUGGUGGAACACCUUGUUACAGAUGCACUAGUCUCCGACAAAAAUACAGCUCCUGCCAACAACUGAACAACGGCACAAAGGAAAACUUAAUUCUCCCUGUUGAGCUGAGCACUGGCAGUGGCCCCAUCGAGUCAUGUCCAUCAUCCCCUCUUUUUAUCCCAGUCAAACCCAAGAAGAAAUCAGUGAAAAGACCAAGAAAACACUUUAAGGAGCGAAGUGGAGGAUCAACUGACAGUGAAGAUGCUGCUUUUGCUGGAAUGAAAGAAAGAUCCAGGAGGAAAGAACGCAAGGGUCAAAGUGAUCAGAAAGAGAGCAAGGGAAAGACGGGUUUGAACAACAGAGGGGAAGAGGGGCAAAGCGGCAAAGGCUUGGAGAGAUCAACAGUGACUGGAAAAUCUGAAGAGCAGACAGAACACAAACCAAACCACUCAAAAACAACACAGGAUGCCACAAGGCUGCAGAAAGAACAGCCACCAUCACAAUCAAUCAAGACAAGUAAAACUGCUGAUUAUUUGCAGGAUUUUAAGGGAAUGACUAAGCAGAAAAGUGAGAAGCAGAGAAGCCUAGAGUCAGACGGGAAAACCAGAGAUGAGGGAACACUGAAGGACUUCUAUAAAGAGUGUGUGGAAAUGAGCGCCGAGCUGAACCAGAGCCCAAACAAACACUGGUUCAAGGCAAACAUCUUAGAGAGGUAUCGGUUCCAGAGGAAGCUGUCAUCACAGGGCCUCAAAGCUCAGAGCUCUGAUCUGGAGCUAAGUGCCGAAAGUGAUACAAUACCACUACCCAAUGGAGAGCCUGAGGAGGAGGAGGACUCUGCAGGCCAGGAUGCUGCCAAAGUAGAGGCUGUUCCAGAGCAGGACCUGCAGGCACAGCUCGAUGCCAUGAUGAUGGUGCUGAGCACAUCUGAUGAGGUGGAGCAGCUGGUUCUGAGGAACACAGAACUGACAGAUGAUCUUUUAUUCAGUCUUUCUGGGGCCCUGAUAAGCAGCCAAUCCGAAGUCACGCUGCUUAACCUUAACCUCAACCUUAUUGGCCCCUAUGGCGCUCACAUCCUACUGGACAUCCUGAGAGCAAAACCGCAGAUCCAGAGCUUGCACAUGUUUGGAAACAAACUGCGUGACCACGGAGUGCUUACCCUUUUAAGGGGAGUAGCUGAGCUGCAGGAUCAAACAGCAACAGCCGCUGCAGCCAUUCAGCAGGCAUUGCUUUUCUCUUCACAGCUUCCCGGUGGUUGGAGCUCUUUUAGGGUUUUUGCACUUUUGGAAUUGGACAUCGGUGGAAACGGCCUUGGUAGCAAUGGGGUCAAGGUAUUGGCAUCAUACAUGAGAUCCCACUCAUAUCUACAGUACCUGGGGCUAGCACAGACGAAUGGUGUGGACCUAUCAGCUUGGAAGGAACUUUUUGACAGCCUGAAAAGCAACACCUCUCUGACUCAGAUCAUUUUAGAUGAAAACAAUUUGGGGGACCCUGGCGUCAGGCUACUGGCAGACAUGUUGAAAGAGAACCUGAGUCUGCAGCAGGUGGAUCUCGACAGGAACGUCAUCAGUGAUGUGGGAGGAAAUGACAUCAUGGCUGCACUGCUUUGCAGGACACAGAUAUUGACACAUCUUAGCCUGGAUGAGAACAACAUCAGUGAAGGAUUAAUGACCAGGAUACAGGAGCAGAUACAAUGCAAAUGAUAUGCAUGAGCAACAGAGCAAGCUUGGAGAACUAAGUCGUGCAAAUUAAAGGGCCUUAAUACACACAAGAUUUAUUGUAUUCGUUGUUGGAUGAGAGACGAACUAACUGACUCAUUUGUUUUGUUUGACCAUUAAACACUCACACAAAUGUCUCUUCUUUCCUAUCAGUGGGUGGCCCUGCAAAGAAAUGUUGUCUCUUGGUUUAGCUCAGGCAGGUAGUGUAGGAGGUCUGUUUGCUUUUGAGCUGCACUGAGAUGUGGAGGUAUUUUCAAAGUUGUUUCAAUAAAAUGAACCUUUCUGCUGUAUAUGGAGGUUACAUCUGCACCAUCACCUUCCCACCAGCAUGCCCCCUUGCGACUUAACACCUACUUCUUCCCAAACUGACUCUAUUGUGGGCCUGACUGAUCCCUCUGCCGUUUUAUUGAGCAAUUUGUUUCCUCUUCACCAAAAAGAAACCACUAUGAAUCAUUCCACCCACAGUGUAUGAAAGGAUGGCUAACCCACAGUAUUUCCAGCUCAGACCUUUAGAGCACCCAUCAACACAUGCCUAUCCUCACUCCUUUAAAUCAAAAGAUUGUUACAGACAGCGAUGCCCUGACACAUCAGCACCCCUCAUUUAGUUCUGCUUGUCUCUUCACCUGCUACACAGAGCCUCUAUUCAGAGUACAAGAGAGAAAAAUCGGUAAAACUGGGGAGGAUUUAUGUGAAAUUCAAGGCCAUCAUCUCAUUGUACUAUUAUCCCAGACAUUCUGAGAAUAACUGUACCUGUGAUCAAAGCUUGUCAGGGUGGUAAUUAUCUCCUCCUCUGAGGGCUGCCAUCAGUGAUUCUAAACAAAUCCUAUCCAUAUUUCUUCUGCAGCCUUCUGCAAAUUCCUUUCUGUGGAGCCCCGAUAAAGAUGCUUCCAUAACCUCCACAAGGAUGACAGAUAAAUGAGACUGACGUUUCUGAAGAUUGCAUCUGUAGAAUUUAUUCGUGUUCUGCUGUUUUCAAAUGAGCUUCUGUUUUGAUGUUAUAUAAAGCAAUGAAAAAAGUUAACGUCCUUCUAAGCGGAUAUUCUCAAUUUUCAGCCUUUUCACAAGUGUAUAAGACAUUCUCUUAUUGGACCUCCCCCAUGAACCUCAAUAGGUAUUAAUCUACUGUUUUAUAAUAUUGCUGUAAUUACACAUUUUUACAAUGAAAACAACAGCAAAACAGCUCAGAACGAUUAAGA